AUGGAAUUCGAUAUUUUGGAAAGUGAACAUCGGAUAAUGACGACGGAAGUUGCUUGGUUCAUAACAGUAGCACUGGAACUUGGCAUGGUUGCUGAAACGAGGCUGAGACGAGAGCUGUUUUCAGGCACGGUGGUUGCGUGGCCAUUCGAAGCAGCGCCAGAUUUAUAUCUCGCCCUGGUCACUAUUCAAGAGCUCGAAUGUGAUGGUGAUGGGAACCUAAAAUCCUUUAAUUCGCACAACCAUAGCUCGUCUUGUUGUAUGGGCUUUUUUACUGCGUGAUCGUCG